AAAAUCACAAGGCGAGACCUUGUGAGAGCUACCGAGAGAGAAGAAACGAAGAGAGAGAAAAACAAAAGAAAGAAAUAGAGAGAGAGAAAAGAGAAAGAGAGAGAGAGAGAGAGAGAGUAGCAGAAGCGAUCGAGCUACACAGAGCGAAGUUCGAAUAUAAAUCAGCAACACCAAAAAAUAAAAAUAAAAAAGCAGUGAAAUUUUCAAAAAGAAAAAAGAAAAAAGAGAGGAAAAGAGCCGAAGAGAGACAGAGCGAGAAAGCGAAAGGCAAAGCUCCGAAGUCACUAAGGUUCGAUUUUCUCUGCAAUUCGCCGAGCUCGUUAAGGUCAGAGUUCAAUCAAUCUCGAAAGCCCUCUCUCACACACACUCCCCAAGCUUUACUAUUUAAUUUUUUGUUUUGGCGCUUCAUUGCGCUUUUUUGUUCCUCUGCAAUUCGAUUUUUCUGCAAUUCAAGCUCUGUUUCCUCAACUUCAAUCCGUCCAAUUCACUGAUCUCAUUCCCUGAACUUCAAAUUUCGUGUCUUGAAGUUGAAAGCUUGUGAAUUGCGUGAAAUAAAUUAUGGGUUUGGAUUGGCGCGGUGGUGUAAUUUAUUGUUCAUUGGAGUUUGUAAAGAGUAUGGUCGUCUGAACCCAAAUUUUGGUGAUUCAAAGUUAGGGUUUUUGAUUUAUAAUGGUUUUCAAUAAAUUAAGCUUCCCUAUGUGUCUUUUUGUUGGGAUUUAGCGAGCUGUGUACUGGGGUUGAUCUCUAGGGUUUUGGUCUUGAGAAGAUGGGAUUUGGUUUUGCAUUGUGUGGUUUGUGGGUGGGACAAUUUGGGGUCGUUUGGAAACAAGGGUAACCGUAUUCCAGUUUGAGAUUGGGGGUUUUGGGGGUUUUUUUGAUUUGGUGGAUGGUGUGUGCCUCUGUUUGUCGGGAUAUGCAGAGUGUUGAGAUUGAUUUGCAAUGAACGAUAUGGAGGAGUGCAAAUUCUGGGUUUUCUGGAAACAGUAUUAACGGUAAUUUGGCUUCUGGUGGGAGUUACUGGGGGAUUUGCAGUUUCUUGUGGAUGGUGUAUGAAUCUGUUUGUUGAGAAAUGCAACCUCAGCAGUUCUCUAGAAUUGAUUUGGGUGAUUUGAAAGCGCAGAUAGUGAAGAGGAUUGGGGCCGAGAGGUCAAAGCGGUACUUCUAUUACUUGAAUAGGUUGUUGAGUCAGAAGCUGAGCAAGAAGGAAUUUGACAAGUUGUGUCACCGGGUGCUAGGAAGUGAGAACUUGCCACUGCACAAUCAUUUUAUACGGUCAAUCUUGAAGAAUGCAUGCCAAGCCAAGACCCCACCACCGAUACAUUCAUCAGUUCCUGCAAAACCUGGGAUACAAGCUGCAAACAGUUCUCCAAGUAGAGAAGAUGGGCAGGAGCAAAGUGGGACCCUCUUUCCAAAUCAAAAUCAAAAUGUACCCGUUUGGCAGAAUGGGGUUUUGCCAGUGUCCCCACGAAAGGGUAGGUCCGGGAUACGUGAUCGGAAGCUAAGGGAUAGACCAAGCCCACUUGGACCAAAUGGGAAGGUCGAUAGUGUGUCACAUCAAUCCACGGGUUCAGAGGAUAAUGGCAGUAAGGUUAUUGUGGAAAAUGGGGAUGUGCAUCCAUAUGAUUAUCAGAGACCAAUGCAGCAUCUUCAACCAGUUGCUGUGCUACCUGAGAGUGAAAGAGAUGGUGCAGUUCGGCGACCCAUAGAAAAACCACGGAUACACAGCAAAGACCAGGCUAACUUAGCUGUUAUUGAAGAUGAGGAAGAGGUGGAACAAUCAAACCGCUUAAGUUUCUCAAGAAGUCCUCUACUUGCGCCACUUGGGAUCCCAUUCUACCCAGCCAGCGUAGGUGGGGCCCGCAAAGCUUUGCCCGUGGGUAGCAGCUGUGAUUUCGUUAGCUAUUAUGACAAUGGGGGAUUGUCAGAUUCAGAGACGCUUAGAAAACGAAUGGAGCAGAUUGCUGCAGCACAGGGUCUUGGAGGUGUUUCUACAGAAUGUGCCAGUAUGCUGAAUAAUGUGUUGGAUGUGUACUUAAAGCGAUUGAUUAGGUCCUGUGUUGAGUUGGUGGGAGCAAGGUCUACGUCAGAGCCAAAAAAGAAUGCUGCACCAAAGCAGCAGAUUCAAGGAAAGAUCAUCAAUGGCAUGUGGCCAAGCAAUCACUUGCAUAUGCAGAGUGGCAGUGGCCCCGUGGAAGAGCAAAGACCACGGUGUUCAAUAUCUUUGCUUGAUUUUAAGGUUGCAAUGGAGCUAAAUCCACAGCAACUUGGAGAAGACUGGUCAUUGCUGCUGGAGAAGAUUUGUAUGCAAGCGUUCGAGGAAUGAAACAUCCCUGUGAAGAUAUAUUCAUCCCAACGUUGUGGUUGGGUCGGUCUGUUCUGGUUCAAAGGUCCUGACACCACCAGAUGUUCGAGUCAUUGAUACAAAUAAUUCUAAUCUCAUUGCCAGGACGCACCAGAUGGUUCCUAAGUGGGUAAAGUUUUGGGUCUCGCAAGGUGAAAUCAUCUGUUUGAGCAUCAAAUGUCAGAAUUUGCUUGCUGCGGAGCCAGAACCGAUCCAGAAUGAUCUAACUUAACCAAUCAAGGGGUGCUUUCAAACUGAAUGCCCAUGUUUGGUUGUUCUGUUGUAUGUUUAACGUAGAUGCCGCUGUAUUUGCUAUCGCACCAGAUCUCAAGCUUUCACUGUAAUUGCAGCCAAUGAAGAGGAAAUAUAAGAAAAUUUUGCAGGGAUACUGUUCUGUAGCUUGGUGAGAGGUACAAUCGCUUGUGUAAGAGCUGCAGUAUGCUCUGUAUGUAUUUUUAGAAUCUUAGAAUUGAUUGAAAUUUCAAUAUCAA